AUGGACCCUAGCAAAGAGGGGCUCCUCAGCGACCAGUCCCGCCGCUCCUUCGACAGAGACUCUGAAGACGGCUCCGAUAUCGAUGCCACUGACUACCUACCACGAAACGACCAGAAGGAGGAACCAUCGUUCCCCAAACCCGCUUUCUUUUCCACCAGACCCGCUGGCUGCUUCGCGGCACUCAAGAAACUGUAUAAAGGACGCUCACGACUAUGUCUGUUCGUCACAGCUGUCGCCGUCGUCUUGUGGAUCAUCAUCAGCGCCGGAGGAGCUGUCAUGUACAAGAAGUUCAAGGGCGCCCCGCCCACUGGCCAGUCGCCGCCGUGGUACCCGGCCCCAAAGGGCGGCAUAUCCAAAAAUUGGGCCGAGAGCUACAAGAAGGCGGGCGAGAUGGUUUCCAAGAUGACGUUGCCUGAGAAGGUCAACAUCACCACCGGAACCGGCUGGAUGAUGGGUCUCGCAGUCGGCACGACUGGCCCCGCAGUUCACGUCGGUUUCCCCCAGCUUCAGUUGCAAGACGGUCCGCUGGGCAUUCGAUUUGCGGACAAUGCUACUGCGUUCCCCGCCGGUGUCACUGUAGGCGCUACCUGGAACAAGGAAUUGAUGUAUGAGCGAGGCAAGGCGCAUGGGCUAGAGGCGCGGGGCAAGGGAAUCAACGUGCUCCUAGGUCCCUGCGUCGGUCCUCUCGGCCGCUUGCCGGCUGGUGGUCGCAAUUGGGAGGGCUUCGGCGCCGACCCGUACCUGCAAGGUAUCGCUGCCGCCGAGACCAUCAAGGGCAUCCAAGAACAGGGCGUCAUGGCGACUAUCAAGCACUUUGUGGCAAACGAGCAAGAGCACUUCCGCCAGAGUUGGGAGUGGGGUCUCCCCAAUGCCAUCUCAAGCAACAUCGAUGACCGAGCCAUGCACGAGCUGUACGCGUGGCCGUUCCUGGAUGCCGUGAAGGCCGGCGUUGCGAGUGUCAUGUGCUCCUACAACCAGGUCAACAACUCAUAUGCGUGCGACAACUCCAAGCUUCUCAACGGUAUCCUGAAGGACGAGAUGGGUUUCCAAGGGUUUGUCAUGAGUGACUGGCUUGCGCAGCGUUCGGGCGUUGGCAGCGCGCUGGCUGGGCUGGACAUGACGAUGCCUGGCGACGGGCUGUUCUGGGCAAAUGGAAAGUCUCUUUGGGGCCCUGAACUUACCAAGGCCGUCCUGAACGGAUCCGUACCCGUGGACAGACUCGAUGAUAUGGUCGUCCGCAUCGUUGCUUCGUGGUACCAGUUGGGACAGGACGACAAGAAGCUGUUCCCGAACGAGCUUCCCAACUUUUCCUCGUGGACCGAUGAAAAGAUGGGAACGCUUGCUCCCGGCAGCAAGACCCCCCAGGAGGAGUUCGAGGUGAACAAGUACGUCAAUGUGCAGGGCAACCACUCCGACAUAGCACGCCGUGUUGCUGCUGAGGGCACAGUCCUGCUCAAGAAUGAGAACGUGCUGCCCAUCAGCAGAGACGGCUUCAUUGACGCCAAGCGCAAGCGUCAUGAAGGAAAGCUGAAGAUUGGAAUCUUUGGCGAGGAUGCCGGCCCCGGCAACGGGCCCAACUACUGCAAGGAUCGCGGCUGCAAUCAAGGCACUCUGGGCUCCGGAUGGGGAAGCGGCGCGGUUGAGUUUCCCUACCUUGUACCGCCAGUGGAAGCCCUGAAGAAGGGCUUCAAGUCUGAAAAGGUUCAACUGUCCGAGUUCCUCACCAAUUCACUCCCGUUCAACAAGGACCCAUCCAUCUUGCACGACCAGGAUGUCUGCAUCGUUUUUGCCAACGCGGACUCGGGCGAAGGCUUCCUGUCCUGGGCCGGCAAUGGCGGAGACAGAAACGACCUCAAGCUGCAAAAGGGUGGAGACGACCUCAUUCUUCAAGUCGCCGACAACUGCGGCAAAGGCGACGGUAACUCGAUGGGUGGCGAUACUGUUGUGGUCAUUCACUCCGUCGGGCCUGUCGAGAUGGAGCGUUGGAUCGAACACCCUGGCGUUAAGGCGGUCUUGUACGCGAACCUGCCUGGACAAGAGAGCGGGAACGCUCUCGCGGAUGUCAUCUUCGGCGACGUGAACCCCAGCGGCAAGCUGCCGUACACGAUUCCCAAGUCCCUGAAGGACUUUGGACCAGGCGGGCAGAUUCUGUACCUGCCCAACGGUGUUGUGCCUCAGCAGGACUUCUCCGAGGGGUUGUACAUCGACUACCGCCACUUUGACAAGAAGGAGAUUGAGCCCCGCUUCGAGUUUGGAUUCGGCUUGUCGUACACGACAUUCGGCUUCUCCAAUGUUGUCGUCGAGGGUGUCAAGCCCAAGAGCGCACUUCCCGCUGCCCGCCCGUCGCCCGCCGCGGAGCCGCCAAAAUUCAGCGACAAGAUCCCCGACAAGAAGGAGGCACUGUUCCCUGAGGGAUUCCGCAAGCUCGAGAAAUACGUCUAUCCAUACCUGGACAACGUGGACGACAUCUCGACGGAGCCGUACCCGUACCCGGAAGGCUACGACGUGAAGCAGCCCCUGUCGGAAGCCGGUGGCGAGGAGGGCGGUAACCCCGACCUGUGGGAGACGUACGUCACCGUCAAGACGGACGUGACCAACACCGGCGCCGUCGCUGGCAAGGUCGUCCCCCAGCUGUACCUGACCUACCCGAAGAACGUCCACGGUGUGGACUUCCCCGUCAAGGUGCUUCGCGGGUUCGACAAGUUCAACCUGGAGAAGGGCGAGAAGAAGACGGUUACGUUCAACCUGACGCGCCGCGACCUCAGUUAUUGGGACGUUCACCACCAGAACUGGGUCAUGGUUACCUCCGGGGAGUACUCGUUCCUCGUGGGCGAGAGCUCGAGGCAGUUGUCCAAGGUGGGUAGCUGGUAG